UCUGUGCUUCUAAUAUGUAAAGCUGCUUUGAAACAAUUACCAAUUGUAAAAGCGCUAUAUAAAUAAAUUUGACUUGACUUGACUAUUACUGUGUUUGUCAGGCAUGUCAAAGAACACAGGAAUCUUGCCAACUUUAGAUUUUCCUGCCCUUCAGGUUCACAUGUAUCGCAACCACUCAAAGCACAAACCAGAUGUCAACAGGUCUCACAGAUGUAUUGAUAUGAGCUGCCAUGUUCAGGGAUGUGAUUUCACUUCCACAAAUUUUUCAAAUUUAUGCGAACAUCUAAAAUGGCACAUAAGAGAUGGCAAGAAAAUCCAGUGUCCUUUUGAAAAUUGCAAAAAGAAUUUCAGAGUGAGGUCUUCUUUCCUCUCGCAUGUGAGCAGAAAACAUUCAGCUGAGAAGGUUGUCUCUGCAGGUGGUGUGUCUAAUCAUGAUACCAGUACUCCUGAUGCUGCUGAUGAAGAUGAUGGUAGCACACUCAGUGCAGAGAUUGCUGAGGUUUGGGAGAGUUCAUCAAACAAAGUAGAUGAUGUAUUCAUGACAAACUUAGCCCUUUUCUAUCUUAGAAUGCAAGCUAAGAUGCUUUUGCCAGCCACCACAAUCUCAGCUUUAAUUGCAGAGUUUCAAGAACUUCAUAAAAAUGGGAUUACGCAUGUACUAACUGUAGUCAGUCAAGAACUGGAAAAACUUAAAAUACCGAGAGAUAGAAUACAUGAAAUUGUGGAUGGACUAUCAAAAGAAAAUUUACUAAAGAUGUACAACGAGAGCGUGUUUCGAUCAGAUCAAACUAGAAAAAUCUUUUUCAAAAAUAACUUCUGCUAUGUUGAGCCAACUCAGGUUUAUCUUGGUGUUGAUCCUAAUGGUAAGGAACGUUUCUGCCAGUAUGUGCCAGUUAAAGCCACUCUUAAAGCACUGCUGAGCCAUCCAUCAGUUCGGGAACAGUACAACACUACAAAGAUGUACCCUCUGGGAGAACCACAUGUAUUUGUGGAUGUGCAUGAUGGUAGAAACUGUAGAGAGAACACCCUCUUGCAGAAUGUUGCUUCCUCUGUCUCAAUCAUUCUUUAUCAAGAUGCUUUUGAGGUUGCAAACCCCCUUGGAUCAGGCAAAAAGAAGCACAAGCUUCUGGCUGUGUACAUGACAUUGGGUGAAAUACUGCCACAUAAUAGAUCUGCUAUAGACCCCAUGCCACAUGCCAGGUAAUGCUUUUCAGGGAAGUGGAUAUCUGCCAUUUUGGCCAUGACAAAAUAUUUUCUCCCCUAGUAAAUGAUCUAAAGGAGAUUGAGCAAUCUGGCUUUGUGUUAGACAAUGGUGAAACGUUGCAGGGGGCAGUUAUAGCAAUUGUAGGUGAUAACCUAGGAUCACAUUCUCUUCGGGGGUUCACUGAAAACUUCAGCAGAAGCAAACACUUUUGUCGAUACUGUCUUAUAGAUCGAGAAAGUUUCGAAAGGGAGCCCACAAAGUUUGGUCCAUUAAGGACAAAAGAAACCUAUGCAAACUGUGUUGAAGACUUGUCCAAGGGCCAGGAAGUCACAAUAGCAGGCGUGAAGUUUGACUCAAUUUUCAAUCAACUGAAACAUUUUCAUGUCUGUCAACCAGGACUUCCACCUUGCCCGGGUCAUGAUCUGUUUGAGGGGAUUGUGUCAGCAGAUCUUGCAUUGUAUAUCAAGAACCUGGUGUCAGUUGGAAAACAUUUUUCAAACAUUUUUCAAGGCAGUGAUGCUAGUAGCCGACCAUGUGAAGUGAAAUCCGAUGGAGAGCGCUUGGGAGGUAGUGCUACCCAGAACUGGUGCUUACUGAAAUUUGGACCUCUCAUUCGCCUUUGGACACUGCGCUUCGAGAGUAAACACACUUAUUUUAAGCAGUGUGCUCGGAAGCUCCACAAUUUCAAAAAUCUUGGCAGAAAGGCACCAACUGUUGCAGGCCUAUCUUCACAGUGGGAAUAUUUUUCCUUCCAUUAUCCAAGUUGGUCAGGCAAAUGAAUUUGAUGCCCAGAUGUAUAAUGCAGCAAUUCAGGAAGCUGUGAGGUUCAGGGGCUUGACUAAAGACAACACAAUAAAAACAUCUACUGUGACAUACAAAGGCACAUUAUACAAAAAGGGCAUGAGUGUUGUUCUUGAUGUCAAUGAUAGUGGCUAUGUGCUAGGUAAGAUUGUUUUAAUAUUAGUCAAACAGGAAAUGGUUUAUUUUGUGUCUGAGAAACAUCAGUCAGUGCCAGUGUUGGACAUUGCCUCCAGUAUGACCUCAAGACUCAAUAUGUUUGUGUGUGUGCCGACAGUCUUGCUGACUAUUACCCAUUGCCUGUCUAUAGAAAGUUUGAUCUUGAUCUUGAGUGCUCCAUCAUUCUGUCUGUCUAGGUGAAAAGUGAUGGAGGACAUCAUAAGAGGCACCCUUCCCCAUCUGGAUAGUAAGACUGUGGAGACUAUAGUUAAAGAUUUGUCCUUAUUGGGAGUAAGGGAGAUUGACGACUUUAUGUACAUCAAAGAGGAUGACAUCAGACAUCUUUUGUCCAUAGUUGAUUGCAGAAAACUAGAGAUGCAACCACAGAGAUAUUGGAGCCCAACAGAACAAUCUGCUAAGCGACUCUGCUGCGUCUGACAUGAUGACACUGACUCUUACACCAGUGUCUUCGUUAGAAGCCUCUUCAAGUGCGCAGUUUGCACUACCACCUCAGCACUCUAACCCAGUGCAGCACAGUACCAUGGCCCUCAACUUUCCAGGUACCUUGGGACAAGACCAGACCAAGUCUAAGAACAUGUCUUGAACUCAGGAAGAGACCAGAAGAGACAGACAGGCGGCACAUGGUCAGAGUGACUGUUGAUGCCAUUAGGGAAAUAUGUUUAAAUCCCACUUUGAGUCAGUGUGCUGUAGUUGCAAAGAGCAUCGUUGAACAAUAUCCAGACUGUUUUGAAGACAGAACUGAUGAGGGAGAUUGAAUGGGGACACUUCACUUUGUGUUCACAAUUAAAGACAAGAUUAGACAACCUGAACAGGAACAACACCCUUGCACGCCUAAGAAAUCCAAAAAGGCCUGCUGUAAUGGUGGAGAAUAGCGAGCCAGCACCAUCCAGAAAAUGUGCAAAAACCGACAGCUAUGGCUGUAUAAACUGGCAGCCAAGCAAGCAACCAGAGGGAGAAACAAGACACUCUUUAAGUGAGAAGAAGGAGGAGCUUAAAAGCAUUUUCACUCAAGAGGGCCAAAAUGGAGCAGAUUAAAAGGCAAGAGUAAAUGAACUGAUGAUAAUCACAUAUGAGGCCCAGCGACGUGCCAUCAAUGCAUCACCUGCACCUAGCAUUGACUAACUAAAGACUGAUUGGCCUUUCCUGUUCAUUAAGAGAUUUCUGAUCCAGCAUUUCAGUACACUUACAGGCAUUGAACUAGAAUCAAGACUCAGGGAGUCCAUCACUGGAAAAGGAAGAAAGGUGCUCCAUUUCUUCAAGUCUCAAUUGCUGCGCUGGAGAAAAGAGGUUAGGACAGUCCUCGCAGACAUAGAAAGAGAAUCUGGAGAUGUGGAUCCUGGCCUAGCUGCUAUAUUGGUGAUAAUGGCAUUCUUCAAAGAAAAAGAAGAUUCACUUUUCCUUCUGGCUGAUGUAAGUACAGUAAUUGUUUUAUUAUACUGUCAUAACAUACAGGUUGUUUAGAUGUUUGAUUAGUUUUUCCUUUGUAAUGUACUGUUGGGAAAUUAGAUUACAAUAAAAAAUACAAUAAAAAAAAGUAGACUAUAAAAGUAGACAAUAACAUAAUCUUAUUUUUGAGGACCAAAGAUGUUAUUUUAACAUGAUGAAACAAUCUUAUUUAUAGGAAUAGUUCUUCUAAAAAUGAAAAUUCUGUUAUCAUUUACUUAUCCUACAGUUGUUCCAAACCUGUAUGAAUUGCUUGUCUCCAUUGACUAUGGAAG